CUGUAGUCAUUUCUUCGAACGUUGUUUCUCUUACCGUUGAUGGGACCUCGCUGUUUGUUUGUGUUAUGCUGCCGAUAGCCGUUGAAACUCACCACACUUUUAAAGUAGCAAUUGUUUUAUUGUGUCGAGGAUGUAUGUGGAAAGUCGCAUUUGAUUGUAGUUAUGGGUUGUGUUUAAGUUAAAAAAUCGGCGUGCUUUUUCUUCCUCCUGGAUUUAGAAAAGCAGAAUGUCCAGUGCAAAACAACCAUCCUGCAGUUGUGAUCUUCUCAGUCAACUCAGUCAUCUUGGUUUCAUCCGAGUGUUGAAUGUGCUCUCUGAUUUUGACCCUGAUCUAAUCUCAAUGUCCAUCACAAGAGCCUGGGCCGCCACCAUGGCAGGUCGGCUGAGCUUCUCCAACAUCGCUGCCCUUGCUCCGAUGGUUCGGGUGGGGACGCUGCCUAUGCGCCUGUUGGCUCUAGACUACGGGGCUGACGUGGUCUACUCCGAGGAACUGAUAGACCUGAAGAUGGUCCAGUGUCAGCGGCUGGUGAACGAGGUCCUGGAGACCGUUGACUUUGUUGCUUCAGAUGGCCGAGUGAUGUUCCGAACGUGUGCUCAAGAGAGGAACCGCGUUGUCUUCCAGAUGGGCACAGCUGACCCAGAGCGGGCGCUGGCGGUGGCCCAACUUGUAGAGAAAGACGUAGCUGCUGUGGAUGUCAACAUGGGUUGUCCGAAGGAAUAUUCCACCAAGGGUGGGAUGGGUGCAGCUCUUCUGUUGGAUCCUGACAAAAUCGAGGCGAUUCUCACAAAGCUUGUCUCUGGAGUUUCUAUUCCGGUGACGUGUAAAAUACGAAUCCUCCCAACGGUGGAGGAAACUAUUGGUCUGGUACGCAGGAUCGAGAAGACUGGUGUUUCAGCUGUCGCCAUUCACGGCAGAUUCAAGGAGGAGCGCCCUCGGCACCCAGUCCACUGUGACUACAUCCAGGCAGUCGCUCAGCAUGCAUCCGUCCCCGUCAUUGCCAAUGGAGGAUCUCUAGAUCUGGUGAAGACAUACACGGAUAUCGAUGCGUUCAAGAAGGCCACAGGCGCCUCUUCGGUCAUGUUAGCACGUGCCGCCAUGUGGAACGCCUCGGUUUUCCGCCAAGAGGGACUUCUUCCUGUUGAGGAGGUGAUGGAGCAGUACCUUAAAUAUGCCAUUCGUUAUGACAACAAUCCUUUCAACACCAAGUACUGUCUGUGCCAGAUGCUGAGAGACAAAGUGGAAUCUCCACUUGGGAAGCAGGUGCAGUCUGCGCAGACCAACGAAGAGAUCAGUGCGGCAUUUAAGCUACAGGACUUCUUUACACAAACACAGCAGCACCACCAGGAGCGCAGAGACGCGCUGCAGAGCGGCGACAAUCCUGAGCGACUUGUCAUGGAUGGGGAUGUCACAACAAUGCCAGUCAAGUUUGAACGGAGGGAGUAUCCUCCUCAAAUUACUCCUAAAAUGUAUCUGCUGGAGUGGAGUCGCAAAGAAAAGUUGGAGCAGCCUCUGUAUGAGACGGUUGAGCACUCCAGUGAUCGCACCUUCCAGUCUACUGUUGUUUUGAAUGGGAAGAAGUAUAGGUCCUCGCUGUGGGAAAAAUCCAAAAAGUUUGCAGAGCAAGCAGCCGCCAUUGUCUACCUGCGAGUUCAUGGGAUACCAGAAGGCAAAAUUGGUGAGGAAGAGUCGGACCUAGUAUGCAAAAGAAAGAGAGAAAACAAGACUAACGGCUCAGCCGGGGAAGAUGCAAGAAAGAAAUUACACUUGGAUAACGGAACACAGGAAGAAGGGGACGUCCAGCUAACACUUCAGAACAGCGCCUUUACUGACGUGAAAACUAAACACCUGGAGAGUUCAUGAAGACGAUGCAACAAUAAUAGUGUGAACUUUUUAUAUGUCUGUCGUUAUAGAGGUUCAAAAUGGCCUUUGUGAGGACACUGAUUUCAUUUUACCAUGACUGGACUCAGAUAUGCUCAUCAGCAUUUCUUUUUUAACAAUAGGCCGCAUAUGUUAUGUGACAGCAGGUCUCAGAUUAUCCUUUGUUUCUUUUAUUCGUGUUACAGAUGAUCAUUUUAAUUUUAUUUUUUUAUUUUAUUUCUCUGCUCAGGUUUGUCUUGACAACAUGCUAUACAAUGAAUAAAUCAUCAUGUUU